AUGUCAAACAACAAUAAUAACAAUAAUAGUAGUAAUCCAUCAGAGGAUAUAAAAGUACCUUUUAAUGAGCCAACAACAGAUAAAGAAGCGUAUGGAUUAGAAUUAAAGCAUGUCCACCAAAUCUACGAUGUGAUCUCUUCACACUUUGAUAACACACGAUACAAGAUGGUUGGUGCUAUCGGAGUAGAUGUCGGUUGUGGGAAUGGAAAGUAUUUAAAUAUAAACUCAUCCAAUAUAUUUUCGAUUGGUUCAGAUAUUUGCAGUAGUUUUGCAUCGAUUAGUGCUCAAAAGGGAAGUGAAUCAUUGGUUGCAGAUGGUCUAAUUCUUCCUUAUAAAACGAAUUCUUUUGAUUAUGCUAUUUCCAUUGCAGUUAUACAUCAUUUCUCUACGGUUGAGCGUAGAGUCAACGCAUUGAGAGAGGUAGUUAGAGUACUGAAACCGGGUGGUGUUUUUUUGGUUACAGCGUGGGCAAUGACACAGAAAUGGAAGGGAAAGAACUACGAUUCACAAGAUGUAAUGGUACCUUGGAUGUUCCAACAAAAGUUUAGCAAUGGCACAGAGAAUACCACUGAAAUCGAAUCGACACCCGUUCAAAAGUCAGGCACCAACUAUCAAAAAUUUCACAGAUACUAUCACCUUUUCGAUGAAGGUGAAUUCGAGCAUCUCUUUUCACAAGUCUCAAACAUUGAAAUCCUUUCAAAUAAUUUAGAUCACGAUAACUAUUAUUGUUUCAUAAGGAAAUUAGAAUAA